AUGGCUGCACUACGGAUGCAGUUAGAACGCAACCGGCCCCGUGAACCGGCUUUGCUGGCCCAGGUGCGCAAUGCUAUCAGUCAGUUGGCUACCCUGGGUGAGACAAUGCAGUUGAGUAUCCGCUGGUACAGGGAAAAUUGGUAUCGGACUCGACUGGCCCCGUUGUAUGCAGAAACAUAUGAUAUUCCACACGAAGAAACUCCGACUCCCGCUAUGGCUGCCCAGGCUGCGGCAGCGGCUGUAUUGGCGAGUGCAGCCAACCAACACGCGACCAAUUCAUCUUAUCAAAUGUGCCCAACAGAGACCAUGCAUACAGGUUACCCGACCACAAUCGGCUACCACACACCAACCGGUGGUACAGCCACUAAUAGCGGUGGCUCGGGAAGUAAUGGGGCUAGCGGAAGCGGUGGUGCCGGUGGUAGUGGUACUAGCAGCAACGGCAGUGGUCUUUCUAACCCGGACCCCAGUGUCUCACAUACAUCGACGAACGGGACUGGUUACGGACCCAGUUCAGGCUUGUCUAUUCCACAAACUGUGCAGCACCACUAUCCCAUUCCUACGGGUUCUAAUAGUGUCCAGCAAACCGGUGGACCAAUAGGAUAUUAUUCCGAUUCGCCACAGCAUCGUCCAACCCAAGUGACACCAGCAGCAUCAGGUACGGUACAGCAUUUCGCUGCUCGAUCUGUUCCACCGCAACUGAACUCACCGGCCCAGUCUCCAUCCUCAUCAUCUACUUCGUCCAUCACACUCCACCAGGUUCCCUAUUCAGCCUCAAGUUUAGCCAGUUCAGACGCGUCUGGAACUGGUCAACUGAUACAUCCGUACGCCUACCAUACAUCACAUCUUCCGACGACAAUUCAUCAGCCUUCACCCAAUGGUUAUAGCAAUACGAGCGCGAGCACCAAUGCGAACAAUGGAACCCUCGUAGUCUCUGCUGCAGCAAACACUUGUUCGGCUUCAGUGGUGAGCAGCACAAAUGCAGCCAACCAUUCUACACAUGGCUAUUCGAUUAACCGAACAGAUUCCUCCGAGUCCCCACCUCACGGUUCCUCACCAGUUAUGGAUGUCUGUCUUGUAUCGCAUUCCAACGCCGUGCACGACUGCACCCCGGCUCCGUACGGCUCAGAACCGAUGGAUCGUUCACCGUUAUCGCACACUCCACCGGCAUUAUCACACUCAACCGGUUCAGAUCCGCGACUGGGUCGGACCAUGUCCCGCGUGUCAUCCAGUUCGUCUGUCUCAUCCGGACCAAGUACCCCAAAUCCUAUGACUACUGGGUCUGGGGCAGUAACAGUAAUAGGCACCGCUGCGAUUAACACCUCAGCAAAAUCGGGUAUAAGUUGCGGUUCCCCAAUGCUCAUGGAUGAUGCAUAUGCAUGGAGCUCUCCGGGUGCCGAUUUAUCCAUCAUCAAGCCCGAAUACGAUCGACAGUUGAAUGUGGAAUCGCACGAAGAUACAGCGCCCACAACCAUUGGUCUAUCCUGUGUGAAAGAGGAAGAAGGAAUACACAACGCAUCCGGAAAUAUGACUCCGAUCGGAUUACUGUGA